GGUGGUUGUGAACCCACCCGGUCCCCGUGACGAGCCGCACGCUAAGCGCACACGCGCGCGAACACGAACACAAACACGGCACUGCGGCGGCCAUGGCGAGCGGCGGCGGCGGCGAGCCGAGGCCGGAGGACGACCCCUUCUCCGACGGAGACACCAGCGACUCCGACUCCGCCGACGAGUCCCGCCCGCAGCGGAUGGGGGCGCGCCGGCCCGGCGACACCAACAACCCGAUCCUGACGCGCCUCGCGGUGUCGCGGAACCCGAGCCCGCUGGCCGCGGCCACGGCGGCCCCCGGGGUCUGCCUCCUCCGCUUCGCCUGGGAGUCCGCCGCGGGGUCCCUCGUCGGCGCCGUCGUCGGAUACGGUAAAGGUUUGUUUACGAUGAAGGGUUUUAAAGGAUCAUUUCCUGAUGCUGCAUCAUCUGCUAAGAUAUUUGCUGUUCUUGCUGGUGUUCAAAGUUUGGUAGCCUGCUCUUUGAGAAAACUACGUGGCAAAGAUGAUGGUAUCAAUGCAGGAGUUGCAGGCUGUUGCACUGGCCUUGCUCUGAGCUUUCCAGGUGCCCCGCAAACUCUGAUACAGAGCUGCCUGACCUUUGGAACUUUCUCAUACAUCAUAGAGAAGCUAAACAAGCAGCAGCCUGCGCUGGCGCUCCCACAGGUCACCAGCGGCGCGAAGGAUCUGAAGGGCGGACAGAGCGUUCUUCCUCCCUUCACGAUUCCUCUUCCGCAGGACGCGAUGGAGGAAUUUUCUAAGUUCCAAAACUUUUUGUCGUCAAAGUUUCGGGGAAACUGAGUUACCUUACGGAAUGCCGCCUAGUUGCCUACUCUGGAUUCCGUCGUUGUAAAUGCGUCAAGCUAAGCCUUCUCUUUUAUGUUCAUCUUUUCCGUGAAUGUAUGUCUCUAAGGUAGUGCGUUUGCUAGUGUUGAUGAUUCUACCCUGUUCUGUGACAAUUUUGCGAAUAAGGGAAGCAGCCUUUCUGUGCUCAA